AGUGACGCGCGGAUAAAGCUUCCUUAGUAACCAAGCCAGUCACUGACGUAAAUGCACAAGAUUUUUUUUCUCUGCCUCAUUUUCCAUUCAUUUUUUGCGGUUUUCUAUAAUGAGAAAUUUCUCUGCUUGUUCGUUUGGGUGUUAUUUCAAUAAGAUGUUGGGAAAUGAGGAGACAUGCUCAAAUUUUGCGUGACUUUCGCGGGCCUUGGUAGCACCCGGACUCCGCAAAACAAACAACUGGGUCAUCAAAACACGGUGACCUGAAAAACACAUUUAAAUUUUUAAUGCGUUGUUUCCACUUGAUCACCGAUACAUUUAUAAGUGUUGCCCUGCGUUGGGUCGCAGUGGUAGAAAUCGAAGCUGUCAAACAGUCUGGGCCGUUGGAAACCAGCAGCUGAUUCAACAAUGUGUCGAGAAGAAUUUCGCCUUCGAAAUUUCAAAUUGUGGCAUCCAAUACUGCGCGAUUUUACGCAUUCACGGUGGCUGUCGUUACCUUUCUUUCUUGCCUAUCGACUGAUCGUGACCGCUUAUAAUUUCGCGUGGCUCAUCUACAACAUCUACAAAUACCAGGCAAAGCUGUUCAUUUUCCUGACAAACUGGACUUACCUGAUCCUAAACCUGUACUUCCUGCAAGCUACGACUCUGACCCUCUGUGCACUCUACUGUGAAUGCAAGACGCGAAGAGAAGCUAGCCCCAGUACUACCGAGACACAAGUAGUAGAGAUGGGAUCUGGCGACGAAAACGCCAACCAGAAUGAAAAAGCAACCACAGAGGCCCGCGAAGAAGAUGCUCUGCGGCUGCCACAGAAAAUUUUCUGGCUUUUCUAUAUCAUCAGUGCCAACGCCGGUUUAUUAGUCACCGCAGGCUACUGGACCGUUCUGUUCGAAGAAGACGAACCAGUUGACGCGAACAACAUAACAAAGCAUGCUCUUAACUCUGUGUUCAUGGUGAUUGACACAUUCCUGAGCUCCAUCCCAGUCCGUCUCUUCCACUCGGCCUAUCCUCUGCUGUAUAUCAUUGUAUACCUUACAUUCACCGUCGUUUAUUGGCAGCUCGGUGGUACGAACAUCCAAGGCCAGCCUUACAUUUACAGUUUACUGGAUUAUAACAACUUCGAGGCGUCAACUGGUUGCAUUAUCGGAUUCUUUCUUCUCCUGGUUCAACCCGUUUUACAGCUGAUGUUGUUUGGCCUCGUCAAGCUAAGGGAUUGCGUGCGCCCCACACACAAGGGAAUGGACUGUUAAUUUUUAUGUUACGGAUGCAGUCACAUUUAUUGUACUCGAACAAGACGUAUUCUAACCAGUUUUUGUUAACUGAAAAAAAUCGAGCUUUAUCGUUCAAUUUUGUUCGGUGCGCAAUUUGUGGGUUUGAUUUCGUUCGAUAACCGAAAUUAAAUAAACCGUAUUUGCCUUUGCUCAAAAAAAAGUCAGCUUAAGUGUUAACGUGAUGAAAUUCACACCUGUCCUAUUUAUGCCGUUUUAAAACAUCAGUAAUUUGUGUGUUUGAGAACAAAAAUGCUGUUUCGGUUUUCAAAUAUCUCUUUUUAUUCCAGAGAUAUUCAAGUUAGCGGAGUGAUGACGUCAUAAAUUCGACCAAAUUUUGAUCAAAUAUGCAGACAAAGAUAUCUCAACCAAUUUGUAUCAGAAAUGUAUGGUGUACAAAUACGAGCUUAACUGUACGUUUUUUGCUAUGGCAACCUACUGUGUGCUACAGUAAAAUGUCACCAAUGUUUAAGGUUUUUCUGACCAUUUUGACGUUUUAUCUUGAUAUUUCCCAAUGAUGCCUCAUCUGCAUGAUCUUACAAGCAUAUAAAUAUGUUUGGUCGAGUUCUUGGCCUUGUUUUUUGAGCUGAAAAUUCCUAAAAAUUUUGCAAACAGGUUGGAGGGAAGUAGAAAAGAGUUAGUUACCAGAAGAAUAAUUUUUUCUAUAUAUAGCUGAAGGUGUGUCGCCUCUAAAUACACUGGUUUACCAAAUUUCAGUGGUCUUCACAUCAAAUUGACCGACAUAGCUCUUUUUGAAUUGUAGAUAGAGUUUUGUUUCUGACGUCACCACGUCCCUAAUUUCAUGCUUUACAAAUUUAUUUAAACUGAAAUAUCUCCGGAACUGAUAAAGAUAUUUGAAAACGGAAAACAUUACAAUCUUUCGUGGAAUUCUUUAUGAUAACCAUAAAAUUGCCGGCAAGGGGUAGGGACUUGACCAUAGCCGGCACUUUAACGGCUCUUGUCGUGCUACUGACCUUCCAACCUAAGCUUAGCAGUCUUAAAAUUAUUCUUUGCUAUGGAAAGCCCAUGGCAAAGGAACUUAAUCUAGUAAUGUAUGAUGUCAGAAACCCUUAGUGUCUCGUUCUGAUGCAGACCUAAAAUCCUUUUUUUUUUUUUAAUCACAUAAUUUUAUUAACUUAAUCAAACGUGGUGAAAUACAAUGUAUUUUAAGCCUCUAUAAUUUUAAGUCACCCCGCGGUAGGCUAAAAAAGCCUUAGGUUAUCUCAUUUCAUAGAACUGAUGUAAACAGAUUACAAAUAAUUACAUUGUAAUGUUGUUCACACUAACUUGAGGACAUUGACCGAAAUCGCAAUUGGUUCCAAUUAGCAUUUCUUAGGCUCUCUACAUUAAGUUCCUAAAGAGUUAGAAUUUUUUUUAUUUCUUACAUCAUGCAUGUUAUAUCAUAACUUGUUUCGAUACUCGUAAUUAGCCUUGAUAUAUAAGCUACCUCUUAUCGGUCGAUUUGAUUUACACUGAUGGCCAUCGCUCUGAAAGAGAGCCGAAAUCUUGUAAACCUUUCCUCAUUGUAAUUAUUAUCUACAUCUCCUUUUAUUGAGUCAGCAGAAACUUUAUACAGCUAUCUCGAGUUAUCUACCUAUUGUAAGUAGUAACCGUAAGUAUUGCAUGUAGCAAGCCAAACUUGGUUUCAACAAUUUAUUAUAGCAAUCCUGGUUCUCGCCUUGUUUAUUUUCUAUUUAAUAAAAAUUAGAUUAUGAGUUAGAGGUUUCUAUUUGAACAGUAGUGUUCCUGUCGAGGAACUAUCGGCUGAUAGUUCCUAGACAUAAAUAAUCUAUUGUCUUUAUU